AUACAUAAGAGGCCCGUCAAGGCCAACGCGCACCGUUUCGUUGCCACCGAACUGUCGGAUUGGGUGUCUCACUUUUUCUUUGUUAAGGUCGUCAGACUUACCCAGCGAUCUAGUCGAAUCUCGAUUCUCCCAAAUCCACAAACCCUAAACUCCCUCUACCCAAUUGCAAACUCUCCUCAAAUCCCAUCUCCAAUUCAUCAAGCCCACACUCUUCAGUUCCAGCUCAAGAUUCAAUCUUCAUGUCCUAAAAAGCCCCCAAAUUUACCCGGGAAAUGAAUUCGAAUCAAUUCCUAGGGUUCCAGCAAUCCGGUCAAUCGAAAUUAAAGAGUCUUCCUUUAAUGGAUAGAACCAGGUUCCUGGCGGUUUUCUUAUUGCUAUUGCUAAUCGCUGAUGCCUCAAAUGCUUCGUUGCCCUCCAGACAUAGAUACUUGAUCGAUGACCCUCCGGCGAAGAAGGGCAGUUCGGACAAUUCAACUUCACAGCCGGGUAAGGAUUCUCCGGUGACGAGUCCGCCGCCGCCUUCUAAACCUGAUUCCGAUCCUAAUCCUAAGCCAGUUGAUGAUCAGAAGCACAAACCCGGCUCUGCGCCACUUGACCCCAAUCCGGAUCAGAAUAAAAGUACUAAACCAGCUCCGGUAGGUCAGCCAAUUGUUGCCGGCGAUGGGAAAAAUAACCAAACACAGAAGCCGACUCCGGAGCCUGAGAAGAAGCCAAAGGAGAAGGAGAAGCCGACUCCGGAGCCUGAACAGAAGCCGAAGGAGAAGGAGAAGCCGACUCCGGAGCCUGAGCAGAAGCCAAAGGAGAAGGAGAAGCCGACUCCGGAGCCUGAGCAGAAGCCAAAGGAGAAGGAGAAGCCGACUCCGGAGCCUGAGCAGAAGCCGAAGGAGGAGGAGAAGCCGAAAGAGGGGAAUGUACCUGGUUCUGCUAGUUCACCGCCUCCUCCUAAGGAAGGAGGUGGUAAGGAGAAGACUAAGAAUGAUGACAAUGUGCCGAAUGCGAAGGAAGAGAGCUGUGAUGGGAUAAGCAAAACAUGCAGCAAUGCGGAUAUGGUUGCCUGCGUUAAGAGCUUUGAUAAGGUAUCAACAGAAGCAGUCAUUCUGGUCCAAAAUGUACGCGACAGCAUAUUAGUGGGCAACGUUUCUGCAGAAGAUACCAGGAAGCUGGUGAUUUCAGAACACAAAAAUGAAGAGAUCAAGCUCAAUAUGGGUAAAAGCAACAAAGUAGUACUGAAGGCUGGAAAUGGAGAAUGUGUGUUUCAAAUGGACUCUUUUGUAUCAGAAGGAAACUAUUACAUGCGAUUCCCUUCUUAUGACAAGUUGGUGACACGAAUCAAUGGUGCUUACCUCUUGAUUGUUACAGUAAUAAUUUUUGGAGGGAUGUGGGCUUGCUGCCUUUUUCGGAGGAGGAAACAGCGGACUGGAGGUGGAGUUCCAUAUCAGGAACUUGAAAUGGCAUUGCCGGAAUCAGCUUCAGCAAAUGAUGUGGUUACAGCUGAAGGUUGGGAUGAGGGUUGGGAUGAUGACUGGGAUGGAGAUAAUGCAGUGAAGUCACCUGGAGGGCAUCUGGUGGGAAGCAUCUCCGCUAAUGGUCUUACUGCAAGGUCCUCGAACAAAGAUGGGUGGGAAAAUAACUGGGAUGAUUAGUUAGAUGAACAAAGCAUAAAAUUAGAUUUUGCCCCAAAAGUUAAGGAAAGUGGGACUAGAAUGAAGAUCCCAGAAAACCGGAUACGAAAUUUAAACCUUUUUUUUCUUUAGUCUUCCCCUUCUUGAAACUAGUGAGUUUUGUGUAGUGAAAUCUCAGAAAAUAGGUCUGUAUAAGUGCUCCUGAUAUUUACUGUAAGUGCAAGAGUGAUAUAUUUUUUGUCCAAAAGUGCAAUUAUACUCCACUUGAUUUUUGUUACCUUUGGUUUAACCUUUGAACAGUAUUCGUCGUGAAGUAUUUCAC